AUGCACGAAAACCCUUCAAUCCGCGACCAAUUGAGCGGCUUUCCCAUUUUCCAGAUGGGAAUAGUAUGCAUCCUUAGUCUUUCCGAACCCAUUGCAUUUGCAAGUUACUUAUCUUAUAUCUAUUUCAUGAUUAAAAGCUUUGGUAUUGUCAAGACCGAUUCCGAUGUGUCAAGAUACUCAGGCUACCUUGCCGCAGCAUAUUCUUUUGCUCAACUAUUCAGUAUAGUCCAAUGGAGUAAAGCUUCGGACAAAUUUGGAAGAAAACCUGUGCUUCUUCUUGGAUGCAUCGGUACGGCGUUAUCGAUGAUAUUAUUUGGGUUUAGCUCAAACUUUUAUAUGGCUUUUAUUUCAAGAAUGUUGAUGGGUCUAUUGAAUGGUAAUGUCUCAAUUAUGCGAACAGUAACUGGAGAGAUUGCAGUAGAGAAACGACAUCAAGGAAUUGCAUUUUCCAACUUAUCUGUUAUUUGGUCUUUGGGUAAAGCUGUAGGUUACUAUAUGGCUGGUAAAUUGACAAACGUCGAUCAUUUUCGAGAUUACAACCCUGAUGAAAAGGCUAACGUGAUGGGUAGUAUUGGGAGCGGUGGCAGCGGCAACAAAGAGACUCACGACAUACCUUUUUUUGUCAGAUAUCCAUUUGCAUUUUCAAACAUCGUUGUGUCCAUGCUUAUUCUAGUAUUUGCCCUAAUUGGAUGUCUUUUUUUAAAAGAAACCAAUAUUGCUUUUAAAGGACGGAGAGAUCGUGGACUCGAGUUGGGCAACAAAGUGCUCAACUUAAUAAGAGCCGGCCACAUUUCAAUUGAUGAAACCCACGAGAGUCUUAUCGCACGCGAGCACGAGCCCGUAAUUGAAUCUGGGCAUGACCUUGAGCAUGAAGGAAGUCAACGAUUUGUUGAUGAGUAUGAAGAAUUUGAGAUGACUUCCAGAAACUCAUCUUUUGAAAGCGAUGAAGACAAGCAAGAAAAGCAGGAUUUUGUGCUCAAGUGGCCUAUUACUGUACGCAUAUUAUGCAGUUGUCUAGAUUCAUUCCAAUAUAUUGUAUACACAGAAUUUCUUCCUGUUUUACUUGCCAGCACGGUUGAUGCUAAAUCACUCAAAUUUCCCUUUCAUAUUAGGGGUGGUUUUGGGUUCAAGACCAAUGAUAUUGGAAAGCUUCUUUCGAUGACUGGGGUAUUAAGUGUGAUUGCAGCAGCAAUCCUGUUUCCGUUUAUCAACAAACACAUGAAUUUACUAUUUGCUUUUAGACUUGGUUUAUUCAUUUUGUUUUGGCUAUUUGCAUGUCUUCCAUUGAUUAUAUUUACAACUUCAGAGUAUACUGGUUCCAAGUUGGAUCCAUCCACUCCAUUGCUCUACCUAGGAAGUACAUUAAUUGCAUAUGCAGCUUCUGUAACCUCUCCACCAAUAGUUCUUUCUAUACAUAGAGCAACACCGAAAAGACACAGGGCUGUUGUCAAUGGAUACACCAUCACAGGUGGAGCACUAGCUAAAUUUAUUUCGCCUUUACUUUGGGGACAAGUGAUGACACUGAUGGAUCAUCAAGGGUAUGGUGGCAUUGGUUGGUUCUUGGCAGGGUUGAGUUCUAUUGUGAAUCUAAGUUUAACCUUUUUUUUCAAACAAAGCGACGAACACGAAGAUUGA